AUGGCCCCAUGGAAUAAACCGCCCGCUGGUUUUUGGAAGAUCAAUGUAAGUGGUCAUAGUGAUGAAGGUAUUCGCUCAUCUACAAUCGGAUGUCUCAUGAGGUCAAGGUCGGGUCAUUUUUCCUGUGGAUAUUACGGGAUAGUAGAAUAUUCAGAGCCUAUUUAUACAGAUCUGUUGGCAAUAUACUAUGGAUUUAAGAUGGCCGACGAGGAAAAUGCAAGAUACAUUGAGGUCGAGUCAGAUUCAGCAUCAGCUGUUUAUCUUGUGAAUAACCCUAACCAAAACUCCGAAUAUUCAGAUAUCUUAUUAAACAUUCGUAGGUUAAAAGAUUUGGCACACCAAUCUUGUGUACUUCGGUAUGUGGAGAGAUCAUCGAACCUAAUGGCUAUCAGAAUGUCAGCGUAUUCUUACGAGAAAAGAGUCCCAAUUACUCGUCUAAGGUGUUGCCCAUCGGAUAUUUUUCCAGAACUUGCAGCAGAUUGGUAUUUCUCGUCCUAA